AUGUCACGCGCUCAAGCUUCAAAGCACUACGCCCGCAUCCUUUCACAAUGGCCUGUCGACCGUCUGCGCCCCGAGAUCACCUUCCAAUCCGUUCUGAAGAAGCGCCUUGAAGCUGCUCCUAUCGCAACAAUCAACGAGACCAACACUGCUCGCACACAACCCCCCAAGCCGAGAAAUGAGGCCCGCGAGGUCAAUGCCCUCUACUCGUUGCUCGACAACAGAUAUUCUUCUGCUUACCCCUUGUCAAACGCCAUGAUGCACCCUGCUUCUGCACCUGACCACUACACAACCCUCGUUAAGGAACUUGACGAAGUCCCCGAUCGUACUUUCUUCCAACGAGUUGCUAGCCGUUUCAGAGGCAUGAUCCGUCUGUCGUAG